CGCCUUCGCUUCUCUCAGUCCGCUCGACCUCCCCUGUGGGCCAAGAUGGCGGCUGCUGUCAGAGCUAUCGGCAGCUUGACGCACUUCACUGCCGCCGCCAAAUAUUGCCCGUUCCGGCGCCGUCUCCCAGGUUAUGCCUGCCGAAACCUCAGCACCUCUUCGCCCCUUAAAUCUAGGACCCACGUUAGCUAUGACAUCAAAGGAGAUGUUGCUGUGGUGCGUUUUAAUGCACCAAACUCCAAGGUCAACACUCUGUCCAAGCAGCUGGAAGCAGAGUUCAGAGAAGUCAUGAAUGAAAUUUGGACCAAUGAUGCUGUCAAAAGCGCGGUCCUUAUCUCAGCAAAGCCCGGUUGCUUCAUUGCGGGGGCCGAUAUCAACAUGAUUGAAGCCUGUACCUCCAGUGAGGAAAUCACCCAGCUUUCUCAGGAAGGACAGAAGACGUUGGCAAAUCUUGAAAAAUCUCCAAAGCCAAUUGUUGCUGCUAUCAGUGGUUCCUGCCUUGGUGGAGGGCUAGAGGUUGCCAUCGCUUGCCAGUACAGAAUAGCAACCAAGGACAAAAAGACAGUCCUGGGCACGCCGGAGGUGCUAUUAGGGUUGCUUCCUGGGGCUGGAGGCACUCAGAGGCUCCCAAAGCUGGUGGGAAUUCCUGCUGCCUUUGACAUGAUGCUGACCGGAAGAAACAUUCGCGCUGACAGAGCAAAAAAGAUGGGGCUGGUUGACCAGCUGGUAGAUCCCCUAGGACCAGGUAUAAAAAGUCCUGAGGAGCGGACGCUUGAAUACCUGGAGGAGGUGGCAGUCACGUUUGCCAGGGGUCUAGCCAACAAGACAGUUUCUCGGAAAAAGGACAAGGGCCUGAUUCAGAAGGUGACAGACUACGCCAUGGCUAUUCCCUUUGUGAGGCAACAAGUCUACAAAACGGUGGAGGGGAAGGUGCGGAAGCAAACCAAAGGACUGUACCCUGCUCCCCUGAAUAUCAUCAAGGUUGUGAAGACUGGCCUGGAGCAGGGCAAUGAAACUGGCUACCUUCUUGAAUCCCAGAAAUUUGGGGAACUUGGGAUGACCCCUGAAUGCAAGGCACUGAUGGGGCUGUACCACGGGCAAGUGCAGUGCAAGAAGAACAAGUUUGGACAACCAAAGCAGCAGGUCCAGACUCUUGCUAUCCUGGGAGCAGGCCUGAUGGGUGCAGGAAUUGCGCAGGUCUCUGUGGAUAAAGGGAUGAAGACUCUGCUGAAAGAUACUGCCUUGCAGGGCUUGAGCAGAGGACAGCAGCAAGUCUUCAAAGGUUUGAAUGACAAAGUGAAGAAGAAGAACUUGACAUCGUUUGAGAGGGACACGAUCUUCAGUAACAUGACAGGACAGCUGGAUUACAAGAACUUUUCGAAGGCUGACAUGGUGAUCGAAGCCGUCUUUGAGGACAUCAACAUCAAACACAAAGUCGUAAAGGAAGUGGAAGCGGUGGUCCCUCCUCACUGCAUCUUUGCCAGCAAUACCUCUGCUCUCCCCAUCAGUCAGAUAGCUGCAGCCAGCAAACGGCCAGAGAAGGUGAUUGGGAUGCACUACUUCUCUCCUGUCGACAAGAUGCAGCUGCUCGAAAUCAUCACCACGGACAAAACAUCACAGGACACAGCUGCCUCUGCAGUCGCCGUUGGCCUCAGGCAGGGGAAGGUCAUCAUUGUGGUUAAGGAUGGCCCUGGUUUCUACACUACCAGAUGUCUUGCACCCAUGUUGGCUGAAAUCGUUCGAGUUCUCCAGGAAGGCACUGAUCCCAAGAAAGUGGACACCCUUUCAACAAAUUUUGGCUUCCCGGUUGGUGCUGCCACUCUGAUUGAUGAAGUGGGCGUUGAUGUUGCUACCCACGUCGCAGAGGAUCUCGGCAAAGCCUUCGGUGAACGGUUCAAAGGUGGAAAUGUGGAGCUGAUGAAAGCCAUGGUGGACAAAGGCUUUCUGGGCCGCAAAGCUGGGAAGGGGUUCUACAUUUACCAGGAAAGUGUAAAGAACCGGAACAUCAACACUGGCAUGGAUGAGAUCCUGGAGAGGUUCAAGAUGCCAGCCAACCCAGAAGUCUCCACAGAGGAAGACAUCCAGAUGCGCUUGGUGGCCAGGUUUGUGAAUGAGGCAGUCCUCACUUUGCAAGAAGGAAUCCUCAGUAAUCCUGUAGAGGGAGACAUUGGAGCCGUGUUUGGGCUGGGUUUCCCACCAUGUCUGGGAGGGCCUUUUCGGUACGCAGACUACUAUGGAGCCCAGCGGCUGGUGGACCGCAUGAGGAAGUAUGAGGAUGUCUAUGGGAGCCAGUUCACACCAUGUCAGCUGCUGCUUGACCAUGCCAAGGACUCCAGCAAGAAAUUCCACAAGUGAACUUGUUUGUGCCUCCGUCCACUGAUGUGUGAGCCCUCUCCCCAGCCCAAAGGAGGAAAGAGGCCUGCUGUUCAGGAAGAGAGCCUCUUGCCCAAAGGCUCAGAGGUGGCCAUGGGUAUUAACCCUUUAAGUGCCUUAGAUGCUCAGGCACUACCUCUCCCCGACACACCCUUCAUCGAGCGGAUGUUGGCCUCUCUUUAUCUGGAGAUAAAAUCAGGGUUUUCUCUUCGGUCUGAGCCUGGCACCCUGCGGUUCCAAUGCCACUAAGGGUGCAUCAGUGAUGAAUAUACAGUUCUUUCCAUGUCCAGGACAGACCCACAGGCAUAAUUCACAGAGAGAGAGAGUUCUGCAGAAUAAAUCCCAAUGUCUUGUUCA